AUGAGGGAAGGAUAUGACAUACCUGUUCGCAUCGAGCCUGAGACCAAGGGACUCCGUGAUAAGGAUUGUUCGGUAAAGACUGACCUGGCUAGCAAGGUGUCACCUAGGAAUCAGGGUGAAGCCCAAACUCUGUAUGAUGAUGAUAAUGCGUCUCGAUCUGAAAAAGAAAUGGAUACGGCAUACACUCUGGAAAACAUUCAAGAAACAACAAAAAGUUAUCGAUAUAAAAAACAACGACAAAAUGAAUAUAUUUCUGAUGAUAUCUCUCAAGAAUCAGAUAAAACACUAAGCGAUGAUUAUGAAAGUGAUACAAAUAAUAAAGUUUUAUUGCCAAAAUAUCGUCCUUUAUCUGAAGAAAAAAUUAAAAAACUUUCAAGUCAAAUUUGGAAGUAUUUUCAACCUUUGGAAAUAAUUGAUAAACCGGAAAAGACUGCUGGACGUUGUUUACAACAA